AUGGUGGCAAAGCGGAGAUUUAGGAUGCAAGGGACCCUCGACGGUGGUCUAAGUUGGUUUGUUGUUUUUGGAUCUUUCAUGUCACAGUUUGUCGUUAUUGGAAUACACUUCGUUUUCGGCCUUUUGUACAUUGAUCUGUUAAACGAGUUUGGACAAAGCAAGGCCACCACAGGUGAGAAUGAGUUGCAGCGUAGUGGGGCCCCCGAGUUCAAUACCCGCCCUAGGCGUUGGCUGGAUUUAUUCUCGGUUUUCUCGAGUGAAACUCCUCGGUCACGCUUGAUAAUAAGCAAACGGGUUUGCUUCUGGCUGUUGGGAUUCUUAACCUUGUUAUGUUCAUUUUCAAAUGUUUGUUUCUGUCUUUAUUCGUGGGCCUCAAUGGAAACUAGUGGAUCAGUAGCUGUGAUGCAUCUGCAUGAUCCAAUAGCGAAGACUGGAAAUUGUUUCCUAGCACGUAGGACUAGCACUCCAAACGGAAAACAUUUUGUUUGGAGGUAAAGCCUAGUGUUUCGCUCUGACACUCACCGUAAAUUUCUUUUUUUAAUAGCAGUAGCUUUUUGGUCAGUAAUCGUCAGCUUCACCCCUCGGCCACGCCUGUUUGUAGCCAACAAGUCUAUUUCCACCAAGUUAGAGUUCUUCUUACGUAAACCAUGUUAUGUUGAAAUUAGCUUUGCCUGAUUAUAAGGUUUACAACAACAAAGCCCUAUCAAACGCAGGCGAAACCCAACAUUAGCGUAUUGUAACUAUAUGAGCCGGGUUAAGCUGUCCGCUUAAAACUAUUCCUGGAUGAAGUAAAAGACUUCAGUGAUAAUUUGAUCCAUUAUCAACGAGAGAGGACACGUAACAGUGUUAAAAAAGCCACUGUGACUUUCAAAAGUUUUUUUUUUUUAGCUUUUCUGACAGCUAAAUAUUUUGCCGUCAGGUUUAUGGUUGUGGUUUACCCGAGGUCCCGUUUAUACGGAAAAACGUUGUCCCGGGGAAACAGGGUCACUCUCCCACCCGAGCGGUUCAUAUGAGAAAAAGGGGUUGACCCCUUUACCCAAGCCAACAGCGCUCUCGCAUGCUCUGGUUGCCUUGCCUUGACCGAGUUGAUCCGACCGGGUGGGCCAAAAUUAGGAGAGUGAUCUCACUAUCGAACUAAAAAGAGUGAAUUUCUAACCUAGGUAACUUUUUGUAUCUCAUGUAAACGGCUCGCCAACUUUGUAGGGAAAUGAAGGAGAAGUUGUCUCACCCAGGGUAGCUUGGAAACCUGAGUGACCUUUUUACCCGGGACAAGUUUUCUCCAUUAAACCGGGUCUCGAGACUCCCUUAGCUUAGUGCACCGUAAUUUUUAGGGAGUUAUUAUAACUCCAAAAAUGGAGUAAAAAUUUUAGGUACAGGAUAACCCCUUUUUUGGGGUUAUUUUAACUCCUAAUUUAACUCCGAAUUUGGGGUCAUUUUUACUCCUGAAAAAGAGUUCUUUUUACUCCCACUCUGGAGUUAAAAUUACUCCGAAAUGGGGUUAUUUGUACUCCUUACAUGGGUUGUUUUUACUCUUUUUGGAGUUAAUUUAACUCUGAAAGUGGAGUAAAAAUUUUAGGUACAGGAUAACUCCUUUUUUGGGGUAAUUUUAACUCCUCAAUAUCUGGGGUCACUUUUACCCCUGAAAAAGAGUUCUUUAAACUCCUUUUUAGAGUUAAAGUAACUCCACGAAAAAUAACUCCACUGUAAGGAGUUAAAUUAGCCCCACUAGAGGAGUUAUUAUAACUCCCUGAAAAUUACAGUGUGUCCUCAUUAUAUUAUCCCUUAAAAUUUCCGGUUUUGCCUUUUUUCAACAGCAUGGGUUGCUUCCAUUGCAUUCGGCUUCAUUUGUUGCCUGGCACCUCUAAGUAGUUUACUGUGCAAAAAACUUGGUUGCAAAGUAGUCAUGGCAGUCGGUGGAAUAAUGAUCGGAAUUGGUAUUUUCGUUUCCUCUUUCGUCGAUACGAUUUUCCUCAUGUAUGUCACAUAUUCGUUGAUAUUCGGCCUGGGAUCUAGCAUGUGCUACAUAGCUUCCGUUUUGGUGCUCAGCGAAUACUUUAAUAAAAAGUUAGUUGUUGCUAAUGGAAUCGCUCUGGCUGGAGCGGGCGUGGGAGCCAUAUCACUUGCGCCCGCGCUCAGCUUUCUACUGGACAAUUAUAACUGGCGUGAUGCAGUUCGUAUUCUCAGUGGAGCGUCACUUUUGCUACUGUGCUGUGCAUUUAUCUAUUAUUUGGUGCCGUCGCCGCUGGAAUUUGUCGAUGCUAAGGAUUACCAAGAAGAAAAAAAAUGUUUUGAUUGCUCGUUAUUUAAAAACAAGGCUUAUGUUCUGUUGAUUGCUGUUAAUGGAUUGGUGUUAUUUGGAUUUUAUAUACCAUACGUUCAUUUGGUAAGUUUAUUCUCUAGUCAGCGGUUUUCAGUAGCUGUUAGUUAGCCCCUUACGCAAACGUUUUUAGGGCUUUAUACACUGUAGAAAAUCAUGACGAAGCCCUUAGAACGUCUGCGUGGGAGGCUAGAGGUUGGUAUGCAGCGGCUUGAUUUACGAGGCAUCCCGUCAUAGAAAUACUGAAGCUCAGCGGUUGCCUGCUCCAAGGUGACCAAAGGGGGCCAAAGGGAUGACGCGUAAGUGAAAGGCAUGCGAAAAUAUAAGCGCGUGAUCUGGGAAAAGGGGGCGGUGGCGCUUUCUCAAUUUCGAGGACCCAACUAUUUCGGAGCCUGGAACAGGCCAUGACAUAGGCAGCCGAUAAAUAUUAUAGAACUUAAAUCUGAUUUUGGAGAAAAUGCGAGCGCGAGUGAAGCAAAUUGGACUUACUCCCACCACUCGCGCUACGCUUUCGCUCCACUUUUAUCACGUGUCAUGUUUGGAGAAAGAGUCCUUUCUACUCACUGCCAUGCAGACUACGAGAUUGUAUAGAAGACGGACAUUUCCAAGCAAUCGAUUGCAUGAAUAACAUGUUUUCUAAAACGGCAAACGCUUAUUAAUUUUAUCAUUAUUGCCUUUAUUUUAUUAAACGCGUAGUCUUAGUUUUUGAAAGUUUGAUCAGACGUAUAUUUUUCCUGCAGAGUUCCUUUUUAGUAUCAAAGAGCAAAGUACCGUAAAUUGCCGUUUAUAGCCCCCUCCCCCAGUUAUAGGCCCAUCAACCAUUAAAGAAUGAGACAUAUUUGAUUAUAAGCUCCCCGCCGAUGUGAACCCCACUUGUAUUGAAAAUAAUUUGAUUCAUUAUGACGUUUUGAAUCUUAAUUGUGAUCAUCAUUGCUACAGCUUGUUUUGAGGCGCUUUUUCUAUUCGAGAUAUAAGCCCCCUGGGAUAUAAGCCCCUCAAUUUGUAAGCCCUUUUAAAACCCCUUGCGGAGCUGUAUAAGCUCAGUGCUUAUAAGCCGCAGUUUACGGUAGUCCAAAAGCUUUCACUUUUUUAUUUUAAGGGGUGGUUUCACUAGAAGUUUGGCAAGGGGCUGCUCUAGAAUUACUUGCCCACAUUUUCCUCCUUCACCUGUUUUGUCUCAUACAGGUACGACACGGACAAGACAUUGGUAUCCACAAAGAGGACGGUGCUGUUCUAGUCGGCUUCAUUGCAAUGUCAGAAACAAUUGGAAAGAUUGUCUAUGGCCGAAUUGCUGAUCAUCCGCGUGUGAACCGAGUUUACCUGUAUCAGAUGUGCAUGUUGGUCUGUAGCGUUCUUACCACUCUUCUUCCUAUUUUGACCUCCUAUAAAUCCCUGUUAGCCUAUUGUAUAUUGUUUGGCAUCCACGAUGGCGGCUUUGUGGUCCUUAUAGCCGUAUUAGUCGGAGAUGUCGUCGGAAGGAAAAAGAUGGCAUCAGCCUAUGGGAUCAUGUAUUGUAUUUCUGGUAUUCCAAUGAUACUAGGACCACCAAUAGCUGGU